GGUCUGAGGUGUUUUCUCCUAAAUCAGGAGCACAAUUCCUACCCUUGGCAUUAGCCCAGGAGCAUGGCUGGUUCCCGCAGCUGCCUCCGGGGAGCACCUGGGUCCGGGGUCGCCGGCCCUCCGGGCCCGCCUUAAGCCAUGAUUUGGGGGUCGCAGAAGGGGGAGCGCACGCAGAAAGUGACAGGCAGACGCGCUCGCCACCUGACUGGGGCUCGAGGGCAGGGCUGGGCAAAGAGGCGGGAGAGGAGAGCCCAAAGUCUCUCAGCCUCACUCCCAGUGAUAACCUGCAGCUAUGGAGUCGCCAACCAAGGAGAUUGAAGAAUUUGAGAGCAACUCUCUGAAAUACCUGCAACCAGAACAGAUCGAGAAAAUCUGGCUUCGGCUCCGAGGGCUGAGGAAAUAUAAGAAAACGUCCCAGAGGUUACGGUCUUUGGUCAAACAAUUAGAAAGAGGGGAGGCUUCAGUGGUAGAUCUUAAGAAGAAUUUGGAAUAUGCAGCCACAGUGCUUGAAUCUGUAUACAUUGAUGAAACCAGGAGACUCCUGGAUACGGAGGAUGAGCUCAGUGACAUUCAGUCAGAUGCGGUGCCUUCUGAGGUCCGAGACUGGCUGGCCUCCACCUUUACACGGCAGAUGGGGAUGAUACUCAGAAGGAGCGAGGAGAAGCCGCGGUUCAAGAGCAUCGUCCACGCAGUGCAAGCUGGGAUAUUUGUGGAGAGAAUGUAUAGACGAACAUCAAACAUGGUUGGACUGAGCUACCCACCAGCUGUUAUUGAAGCAUUAAAGGAUGUGGACAAGUGGUCCUUCGAUGUCUUUUCCCUCAAUGAAGCGAGCGGGGAUCAUGCCCUGAAAUUCAUUUUCUAUGAAUUACUCACACGCUAUGAUCUGAUCAGCCGUUUCAAGAUCCCCAUUUCUGCACUUGUCUCAUUUGUGGAGGCCCUGGAAGUAGGAUACAGCAAGCACAAAAACCCUUACCACAAUUUGAUGCACGCUGCCGACGUUACACAGACUGUGCAUUACCUCCUCUAUAAGACAGGAGUAGCAAACUGGCUGACAGAGCUGGAGAUCUUUGCUAUAAUCUUCUCAGCUGCCAUCCAUGACUAUGAGCACACCGGAACCACCAACAAUUUCCACAUUCAGACCCGGUCUGACCCAGCGAUUCUGUACAACGAUAGGUCUGUUUUGGAAAAUCACCAUUUAAGUGCAGCCUAUCGCCUUCUACAGGAGGAUGAGGAAAUGAAUAUUUUGAUUAACCUCUCAAAGGAUGACUGGAGGGAGUUUCGGACCUUGGUAAUUGAGAUGGUGAUGGCUACGGAUAUGUCCUGUCAUUUCCAGCAAAUCAAAGCGAUGAAGACUGCUCUGCAGCAGCCAGAAGCAGUUGAAAAGCCGAAAGCAUUAUCCCUGAUGUUGCACACGGCAGACAUUAGCCAUCCAGCAAAAGCCUGGGAGCUCCACCAUCGCUGGACGAUGUCACUCCUGGAGGAGUUCUUCAGACAGGGUGAUAGAGAAGCCGAGCUGGGGCUACCUUUUUCUCCUCUGUGUGACCGAAAGUCCACCAUGGUUGCCCAGUCACAAGUAGGCUUCAUUGAUUUCAUUGUGGAACCCACCUUCACUGUGCUCACGGACAUGACAGAAAAGAUCUUGAGUCCACUAAUUGAUGAAACCUCUCAAACUGGUGGGACAGGACAGAGGCGUUCAAGUUUGAACAACAUCAGUUCGGCAGAUGCAAAACGAUCAGGUGUCAAGAGCUCUGGCUCAGAAGGAAGUGCCCCAAUCAACAAUUCGGUCAUCCCUGUUGACUGUAAGAGUUUUAAAGCCACUUGGACUGAGGUGGUGCACGUCAAUCGGGAGAGAUGGAGGGCCAAGGUGCCCAAAGAGGAGAAGGCCAAGAAGGAAGCAGAAGAAAAGGCUCGCCUGGCCGCAGAGGAGAAGCAAAAGGAAAUGGAAGCCAAAAGCCAGGCUGAAGAAGGUGCAUCUGGUAAAGCCGAGAAAAAGGCAUCUGGGGAAGCUAAGAAUCAAGUCAAUGGAACAGGAACAAACCAAAGUGACAGCCCUCGUGGGAAAAAUUCCAAAGCUGAGAAGUCAUCAGGAGAAAAGCAACAGAAUGGUGACUUGAAAGAUGAUAAAAAUAAGACAGACAAGAAGGAUCAAUCCAAUGUCAGAAAUGAUUCAAAGAAAACAAAUGGCACAAAGAAGCAUUCUCAUGGCUCACCAGCCCCAAGCACUAGCUCCACUAGUCGCCUUACCUUGCCAGGGGACUACGGAUAAAACAUCCAUUCAGAGGAUUCCUCAGAAGAGAACUGACCAGCCCUGAGGUCUGAAGACAUUUUAGGAAGCUUAUGUUGCUUUUACAAAAACAAAAUAUUAUGUGUAUUGUAAGUUACUGAGUGAUUAACUUCAAAAAUGGUAACUUCUGAUCUUCCUAAUACAGGUUUUUAACAGUAAAUACUUUGGUAUGUAUUGCACAUCUAUCAAAUAUCAGGGACAAUGCUAGCUUCUUCACACGUAUUAUCUCAUUUAAUCUUCACAACAACCCUCUAAGGAAGGUACUGUUAUCUCCAUUUCACAAAUUAGGAAACUGAGGCAUACUCAGAUAAAUAGCUUGCCCAAAGUUAGCAGGUGACAAUCCUGUACUCUUUGCUCGAGUUUCAUUGUCAGGGGUAAAGACUGAUGUCAAACAGUCCACACUGGAACAGCCUUUCUUUCACAGUUGUACUCUGCCUGGGGUAGAAUACAAUUAUGCAGGUACCGAUUUCAGGCACAACUGUGGGGUGUGGAGGGAUCCUGCAUUGUCUUAAUUUUAAGUAAAGAUUCCCACGAGUGGUCUCUUUGCAAUUGCCUUCUAUCUUGAGUUCAGUUUAAGGGAUGCCAGUUGUCAUUCUUACUAUGGACUAGAGCAAAACACAUUUGUUAUACGUGAUUUAGCACUUCAGAGCUCUAGAACCCUAAAGAAAUUUAACUUUACAGGCUUCUUCUGGCAGAGGUCAUAGUUGGUGUGAGCAAAGGACAGAGCUACUGAUUUGGCCUUACACUCCCCAUCUUCAGAUGCACAUGCGGAAAAAGGCACACACUGAUGAAAAACAAUCGAACAAAAGACUUAGCUUGCGUAAUCUCCCAAAUAUUUUUCUCCUUUGAAAGAGCAUGCCUCAUGUUCUUUGUGCUUGCCAGGAGAAACAAAAUGAAAACAAAGAACUCAAUUGAAGAUGAUCAUCUCCUUGAGGGAGGGCUUUCUUAUUCUUUUUUAUUAAUUAAAAUAAUAUUUUUAUUAAGUUAAACGAUUAAUCAUUAAAUCAUAAGGUCGCAGGGCAUUUAAUGGCUAGCAGUUGUUUGAAUAAGAAAAGAGCUUAUUUUCCAGCCUUACCUAAUUGCUCCUGCUCUUUCACCUGUUUGUCAGAGAGACUUGAAAACUGUGCCUCAGCCUCUCCAGACGAUAGUAAGACCUGAGUUGAGGUUAUAGCUUUGGUGUAAAACAAAAGUGCUCAGGCCCCAAAUUUGAAACUUCAAAGGAAAGGAGCUUGCCGACAUUCUUCUUUGAGCAAACACAGGCAACAAAUCUAGGUAUCAAGGCAUUGCUGAUGCAAAGGAGAAGUAUUAGGUUUUGUAGAUUCUAGUCAACUGUGUCAGCUGGUGUGUAUUCUAAGUGAUUCCCCUCUUCUUUAGUAAAUGAGAGAUUUAUGAAGGUUACUGAGUAUGAUGCCGAGUAGUUUACUCAUUCAUUAAAUAUUUUUCAGCACCAACUGUUAUCAGUACUGGGAUUAAAUUCUGGGGAUGCAAAUGUGUAUAACACCCUGUCCCGUCCUAAUGAAGUUUAUAGCCAGGAUCAGUGGUCUGUAGGGUGAAGCAUAAGGAAGAGGUAUCUCAAAGGCCAGGGAAUCAGUGGUUCGAGAAUGGCUUCCAAUGAAGGUGACUCAAAGAAUUAUUAUGGCUCAGCAUAGUAAAUGCAAAGAGUCUUAAGAAUCAAAAGUCAUUUGUUUGUCAUUUUCCUAAUUACGUCAAGAUUAGAGUUCAGGGACUGAAACGCCUUCCAUCCUGGUUGGGUAUCUAAGCCACCCUUCCCAUCUGGGGGUUCCAGCUCAUGGUCAGGAAUAGCCCAAAGUGAUGGAAUGAGGCUCAGUAUUUGUACAUGGUAUAAAUAGUUUAGAAUGUGGGGUAGAUGAUUCUGCUUUGCUUAAAAUGGCACUGGGUUUCAGCAAAGUGUAGGUAGCUGAAUGGAAAAACAAACAUAUAUAUAUAUAUAUAUAUAUAUAUGUAAUUUUUCCCCACAAAUGCCCAUUUUGGAUAGUUAGCCUUUUGUGAAUCACAGUGGUGUGUUCUCUGCCAAAUAGUCACAAAUAAAUUCAUUAAGUUCAUCUCUUCGUUGUGUGCUGAGGUCUUUCAUGUGGUAAAAUCCAUUUG